GGAAGUGGGAAGUGAAUUAAAAACAUGACGGCGCUGAAUCAAACCUGAGAAAAAGCUUGUGUUUAAAACUGGAAAAGUGUGUUUUUUUGUGGUGUUUCUUCGUCUCCUGACACGAUGGUUCGGUGUUUUCUGAUCCACACCGUGUGUCCGGUCAGCGCUCUCUCCUCUGCGGAGAGCAGAAUCCUUUACUCCCGCGUGUUCGGUCCGGAUGAGGCGGCGCUGACGGAGCAGCAGCGCGGGCUCAGUGCGGAGCAGAGGCGGCUCCUGCAGCGGGAGAAGGUGGCGGUGGUGGCCCGGCAGGUGAAGAGCGCCGUCUCCCUGUGCCGCGAGGCCUCGGGUCGGGCGUUGGUGGAGGCGGUGCCGGGCGAGGAGGCGUUGGCCCUGCAGGACGCCAACAGCGGGGUGGUGCGCCUGAGAGCCGGCGAGCCCUUCUCCGACGAGACGAGCGCCCUGUGGCUCGGCGUCCAGAGUCUGGGCUUCACGCUGGUGUGCGAACCCCACGAGAACCUGCUGCUGGCCGAGGGAACGCUCCGCGGCCUGACCCGACACUGUCUGGAGCACCUGCACAUGCUGGGGCAGGGGAGUGAGGUUCUGCUGAGGAGCAACCGCAUCGACGCCCUCCUCAGCCGCCUGCUCCCUCACGGGCAGCUCCUCUUCCUCAACCACCGCUUCGCCCAGAGCCUGGAGAAGGAGGUGACGGCGUACAUGGCCAAGUGACCCAGCGCAGCACGGCGGCCACGUCGAGGUCACGUCUUCACUACGACUCCCGUCCAAAUCAGUGAUGGCAGGUAUUCAGCUCGCAGGCGGCUCCACAGAAGCAGCGGUGAGUCAUGUUGUGUGCAGACACCUGAAGUGGAAAAUAUGAAACAUGUUAAUGAGGAGGAGGGAGGUGAACGGACAGGAAGUUAGACGUUUCAGAAACAGCUGUCACCGAGCGCACGCACCCGAUCGAUCUGAAUCAGCCCACAAAUUGGGGAAAAAAGUGUGGACUGUGGACUCCAGGACCGGGAUGUUUCACUUCUGUCUCUGUGUCUCUCGGCUGUUCAGUCCACAGCAGUUUUAUUUACCUCUCCAUAUUCUAUGUGUUAAAGGCCCAGUUUGUACCUGGAGGGGAUAAAGUGGAAGAAGAUGGAUGGAUGGAUCAAAGAAACCUCAGAAUAAUUAGAUGUCAUAAUCCUGCAUCAGCUUAGUAACGAACAAGAGUUCUAAAAUUGUCACAAUAUGUAUUUUUCUUCUUGUUUUCUUGCAUUUGAGCUUAUUAUUGAAUAAUGAAUGAUAUUUUUUUGUCAUGUUUAUUUUACAGUUUCACAUUCAAACAUCACAGCGCUGACACCGCGUGAGAGCCCAGAGUGGUGGUGGUGGGGAAAAAAGGAAAAGAAGUGCUUCAUUACUGCUGCUUUCCGAAUUAAAUGGCCAAGAUGUAUUAUUCAUCUGUGAGCGAGAGAAUCCCCCCGUGAGUGAGUCGGAGCAGGAAACAGAACAGGAAGUGCAAAGAGAGAGAGAACCGCGCUCUGCUGCGGCGGGACCCGGAGAGAAGACGCGCGGCAUUCACAAACAUAAAUUACAGCAUGUCCAGGAGGCCUUUUUCAAAUGAGGUGCAUUCCAUUUAUGCCUGAUAAUAAGAACGUGGUUUCCUUUUGUCCACACACUCACACUGUGUUUUACAACUGUUCACACCUGGACACGUUGGACACAGCGUGAUGAGACAAACUCAUGAUUAAGAAGCUGAAAAUUUCAGGAACACUUCCCCAGGGAGGCUCCCUGUAUGGUGGCAUCUUAACCAGGUUCCUGAACCACCUCAUCUGGCUCUUUUACACACAAAGGAGCAGCGGCGCUACUGAGCUUCUCACCCUAUGUCCAAGGUUCUGAGAGAACCCAUUUUGGCUGCAGGUAAUCUUAACAGAUUGACCUUUACAGAUCUUGUUGCCUCCUGUCACCCAGUCGUGUCUGAAGCCUGAAGUCUGAAGCUAGCCUACAAAGUUCUCCAUGGGUCUGCUCCCACCGCCUUAAAUGCUCUCCUAAAGGCUUAUGUUACCACUCAACUACUCCGUUCGUCCAAGGAUUGGACUCUCAUGUCAUUCCACGCUCGUGGAAUGAGCUACCGAGCGCUAUCAGAACAGGUCCCUUUCUAUCUUCAAGAAGCUCUUGAUGACCCAGCUCUUCCAGGAGCAUCUUCUGUCCUAGCACUGCUCCUGCACUUGGAUCCACCUUCUUUCUUUCCAAGUCGCUUAGUCCUCUUUUGUGAGCUUCUGCUAAAUAAGUGUAAAUAUUUGGUGAUUCAAUGAGUCAUUUGUUAAUCAUCGAUGCAUCGUUGAAGCCCUAGAAUCAACAUUGGCACCUAAACUAACAUUGUAAAGCUAAA